UGAGCUGGCGGAGCUGGGGCGGCCGGGAGCCGGGGGCAGGCAGGGCGCAGAGCCGGGUGCCUCGGUGGGGAUGGGGCGGGCAGGACCCUCGCUGCCCCCCGCUCCCCGCGGCUGAGCGCAGGAAGGGCCAGGCCGGUGCUCGGGAGGGACCCAGGGGGUCCCCGCAGCCCGCGCCCGCUCCCGCGCUGCCCAUCCCUGAUGGUGCAAUCCUGAGCUGCUGGAUUUACCCCCCCGCUGCAGCGGCGCUGGGCGUUAGUGUUCCCGCAAGGCUGGGAGGAGGGCGGGUGGAAAGCUCAUCGCGGGGGCCGUUGCCGCCCUGAGCCUUAUGGUCAUUUAAUACUUCACCCAUUAACUUGGACUAAUAAACCUCGUGAGAGCGAGAGGCUAAAAGCCGUGCCAGCCGGGCAGAGCCUCCUUCGUGGGCACCGCUCCUACAGCCUCGCCAUGGCGGCCGGCUUCUUCAUCAGCAAGAGCGUGGCCAUCGUGGCCAUCGUGCUGGCCCUGGGGGCCGUGGCCACCAUCAUCGCGCUCUCGGUGGUGUACGCCCAGGAGAAGAACAAGGUGACGGAUGCUGGCACCACCACCACCACCACCACCACCACCACCACCACCACGGCCAUCCCUCGACCCACCACGGCCGCUCCCCAGCCCCCCACACAGAGACCCCCCGUCACGGUCACCGACCUCCCCACCACCAGCGCCACCCCCGUCCAGCCCUGGAACCGGUGGAGGCUGCCGACGACGCUGGUGCCGGAGUCCUACGAGGUGACCCUGCAGCCCUUCCUGACGCCCGACGCCAACAACAUGUACAUCUUCAAGGGCAACAGCAGCGUGGUCUUCACCUGCACGGAAGCCACCAACCUCAUCCUCAUCCACAGCAAGAAGCUGAACUACACCCUGCAAGGGCUCUUCCACGUCUCGCUGCAGUCGAUGAACAACUCCAGAGUGCCUCCCAUCUACACGACCUGGCUGGAGACCCGCACCCAGUACCUGGUGGUGCAGCUGGGCGGCAAGCUGCGGAAGGGCCACCGCUACCGGCUCACCUCCAUCUUCACGGGGGAGCUGGCCGACGACCUGGCCGGAUUCUACCGCAGCGAAUACGUGGAUUCAUCAGGAACCAAGAGGGUAGUGGCCACCACGCAGAUGCAGGCGGCUGAUGCGCGGAAAGCCUUCCCCUGCUUCGACGAGCCGGCCAUGAAAGCCAACUUCACGGUGACGCUGAUCCACCCCUCCGACCACGAGGCCAUUUCUAACAUGCCUGCCAGGAGCACCCGGGAGCUGAAGAUCGAUGGGAAGAGCUGGAACAUCACUGAGUUCCAGACCACCCCCAAAAUGUCCACCUACCUGCUGGCCUUCAUCGUCAGCCAGUUCGGCUACGUGCAGAACGACAUGGGGAACGUGCUGAUUCGCAUCUGGGGCCGCCCCAAGGCCAUCGCCGAGGGCCAGGGCAGCUACGCGCUCCAGGUGACCGGCCCCAUCCUCAACUUCUUCGAGAAUCACUACAACACGGCGUACCCACUGCCCAAGUCCGACCAGGUCGGCCUCCCCGACUUCAACGCGGGCGCGAUGGAGAACUGGGGGCUGGUGACCUACCGGGAGAACUCGCUGCUCUUCGACGAUGCCUACUCCUCCAUCGGCAACAAGGAGCGGGUGGUGACCGUCAUCGCCCACGAGCUGGCCCACCAGUGGUUCGGGAACCUGGUGACGCUGCAGUGGUGGAACGACCUGUGGCUGAACGAGGGUUUUGCCUCCUACGUGGAGUACCUGGGCGCCAACUCGGUGGAGCCCUCCUGGAACAUUAAAGACCUGAUGGUGCUGAACGAGGUGUACACGGUGAUGGCGACGGAUGCCCUGACCACCUCCCACCCGCUCUCCAUCCGCGAGGACGAGGUCAACACCCCGGCCCAGAUCAGCGAGGUCUUCGACAGCAUCGCCUACAGCAAGGGAGCGUCGGUGCUGAGGAUGCUCUCCGACUUCCUCACCGAGGACGUGUUCCGGGAGGGGCUGCAGUCCUACCUCCACAACUUCGCCUACAAAAACACCGUCUACACGGACCUCUGGCUUUAUCUGCAAGAGGCUGUUGCGAGGAACAACGUCUCGCUGCCUGACUCCAUCAGCAACAUCAUGGACCGGUGGACGCUGCAGAUGGGCUUCCCCGUGGUGACCGUCAACACCCUCACCGGCAACGUCAGCCAGAGGCACUUCCUGCUGGACCCCACCUCCACGGUGGACAGACCCUCCGUCUUCAACUACGUCUGGAUCAUCCCCAUCACCUGGAUGACGCACAAUACCACCGGGGACAGGUACUGGCUGACCAACGUCUCAGAAACCAACACCCAGUUCAAGGUGAGCAGCCCCAGCUGGCUCCUGCUGAACCUGGACGUCAGCGGGUAUUUCCGCGUCAACUACAACCAGGAGAACUGGGACCAGCUCCUCGGCCAGCUCGCCAGCGACCACCAGGCGAUCCCCGUGAUCAACCGUGCCCAGAUCAUCGAUGACGCCUUUAACCUGGCCAGGGCCAAGUACGUGAACGUGACCUUGGCCCUGAGCACCACGCGGUUCCUGAGCCGGGAGACGGCGUACAUGCCCUGGGAGGCGGCGCUCAACAACCUCCAUUACUUCCAGCUGAUGUUCGACCGCACCGAGGUCUUCGGGGUGAUGAAGAAAUACGUGCAGAAGCAGGUGACGCCCCUCUUCAACCACUACAAGAACAUCACCAAUAACUGGGUCACCAUCCCCAGCGGCCUGAUGGACCAGUACAACGAGAUCAAUGCCAUCAACACCGCCUGCUCCUACGGCAUCGUCGAGUGCCAGGACCUGGCCACCAACUACUUCCGCCAGUGGCAGAAAAAUGUCACCAAGAACCCGAUCCCCCCGAAUCUGCGCUCCUCCAUCUACUGCAGCAUCGUGGCCACGGGCGGGGAGGAGGCCUGGGACUUCAUCUGGGAGAGGUUCAGGGAGGCCACCGUCGUCUCCGAGGCCGACAAGCUCCGCACAGCCCUCUCCUGCAGCACCUCUCCUUGGAUCCUCAACCGGUACCUGCAAUACACCCUCGACCCCAACAAGAUCCGGAAGCAGGAUGCCACCUCCACCAUCAACAGCAUCGCCAGCAACGUGGUGGGGCAGCCCCUGGCCUGGGACUUCAUCCGCGGCAACUGGAGGACGAUCUUUGGCCAGUACGGCGGCGGCUCCUUCUCCUUCUCCCGGCUGAUUUUAUCGGUGACCCAGAGGUUUUCCACGGAGUUUGAGCUGCAGCAGCUGGAGCAGUUCAAGGCGGACAACGAGGACAUCGGCUUCGGGUCGGGGACGCGGGCGCUGGAGCAGGCGCUGGAGAGGACCCGCGCCAACAUCGCCUGGGUGAAGGAGAACCAGGCGACGGUGCUGGGCUGGUUCCAGGCCGAGACGGCCGCCAGCUAACCGUGCGGCCCCGGGGGCUGCGCGCCCUCCUCCCGGCCCGGCCCUGGGGCCGGCUGCCACGGGAUGGGGCUGCGGGGGCCAAGCCUGAAGCUCCCCGAGCCCCACGGCUGGGCCGGAC